UAUCAUUAAACCGUUGCUAAUCCUAAGCUUCCCAACUAACCACGCUCCAGCUCUACCCGCCAUUAAUGAAUUUUUCAAGCUUCUUCAUAUCCUAAUUCCUAACGCAAUUAGCGAUAUCCGAAUCAUCCUCUCUUCAAUGCAUAAUACUACUAGGGUUGCUGUUGUGGGAACUGGAAUUUCAGGAGCAGUUUCUGCCUCAAUUCUCGCUCGAAAUGGUUUAUCUGUUACCUUGUUCGAAUCUGCCAGAGGCCCUGGAGGCCGCAUGUCUCAGCGAAGAGAAACUACUGAAGAUGGGACGGAAUUAAUGUUUGAUCAUGGUGCUCCAUUUUUCACCUCCAGCAACAAUGGGGUACUGGGUCUUGUUAAGGAGUGGCAACUUAGAGGACUUGUAGCUGAGUGGAAGGAAAAGUUUGGGUCCUUUGAUUGUACCUCCAGCAAAUUCACUGAUACAGAACAGGACCAAGUAUGUAAAAGAUAUGUGGGUGUUCCGGGAAUGAAUUCUAUUUGCAAAGCAUUAUGCCGUGAGCCUGGAGUGGAAGCUAGGUUUGGUACAAGCGUUGGGAGAUUGGAUUGGCUACAGAAUGAAAAUCUGUGGAUGGUGACAGCCUUGGAUGGACAGAAUCUUGGCCACUUCAAUGGUGUAGUAGUAUCAGAUAAAAAUAUUUUGUUGCCACCAAUUACAAGUGUAACAGGACGACCACAACCACUUGAUUUGAAGUUGGUUCCAGAGAUAGCAGAUAAGCUGCAAGACAUUCCUAUUCCUGUUCACCCAUGUUUUGCUCUCAUGCUAGCAUUUGCAGAACCUCUAUCUUCAAUACCCUUGAAAGGCUUCUCAAUAAAAAAUUCUGAAGUUUUAAGCUGGGCUCACUGUGACAGCAGCAAACCUGGGCGUUCUGCUAAUAGUGAACGAUGGAUAUUGCAUUCUACUGCGGAGUAUGCUCAGAGUAUAAUCUCACAAACUGGACUUCAAAAACCUUCUGAUGCAUUAUUGAAAAGAGUUUCUGAAGAGCUACUUCAAGCACUACAAAUGACAGGAAUAAAUGUUUCUCAGCCCUUUUUCAUGAAAGCUCAUAGAUGGGGAAGCGCCUUUCCAGCUACGAGCAUAGCGGGAGAGGAGAAAUGUCUUUGGGAUAGGAAAAAGAGGCUUGCCGUAUGUGGUGAUUUUUGUGUUAGUCCCAAUGUCGAAGGUGCCAUAAUUAGUGGCAUGGCUGCGGCCUCUAAACUUAAGGAGAUACUCCUUAGCUGCUUGUAG